GAUGUACAGCAACAACUUCCAUCUUGUGGUCCUUUCCCCCAACUUUACAGCAAAUCUUUGGCUGCUUAGUCCAUCUACAUUAGAAAAGGUUAAAUUAGUCUUUGCUAUUCCCAUCAUGACAUUUCAUGUCAUUCCUGGACUAUUUGGCUAGACAUUCAAUUUGAUUUCAUUAGUUACUAAGUAACUAAAUGUGGUUUAGACUAUUUAACCCUUUGUUCUACUCUUCUGAAAUUCACCUUGUGUGAUUUGAAGCAGUGACUACUUAUCUAUAAUAAUUCUAUAUGAAGUAUUUGAGCACAGUCACUAUUUUUUUUUUAAAUUUGUAUCGUUGGGGAAAAGAAUCCGACAUGGUUGUGCUUGUACACCAACUCUCUCAAGUCUGCUAGAACGCUUGUAUCGGUUGUCAGCGAAACCUUUAAUCAGUAACUAAACCCGAAUCAAACACCCUCAUCAUUGACGUUUCAUCUGCAACUGCCUUUGGUUUCCCCGUGAGCUUCAUGAACCGCACAGCACUGGUUGAAGUCGAUGAUCUUAUGAUACCAGUCUCUCCUGAACUGUCUUUUGUACGCUUGCAUUGAGAUGCUCAACCUAGGACCAAGAGAUGUGAUGGAUUUAACUCCAUUUUCUUUUGAUCGCUUUAUAAUUUGUACCUGUUUUCUUGCAUGUUUUUGUAUCUGACAUGCCUGGGAAAGUUUCACAGUUCCAUGUAACGUUUGCGAAGUUCUAUUAAAUAUGGUGCUGUUUUUUUUGUAAGCAGUCGUUGUCGUAGUGAUGGACGGAUUCUGUGUAUAUCUGUUACUUUUAUGAUUUAUCAGUGGUUGGUUGUGCUGAUCUGGUAUGUUAUAUUCCUUCUUGCGAUUUUUUGCUUGGGUCAGUUUUUGUAAGUUCUUUUAUUCUACUUUCUGUCAGUCUCUGUUUUGUUGUCUGUAUUUGUGAAGAAAAUUUAUGGUUGCAAGCCUCUAACCUGAACCAUGAGUGAAUGCCUUGUGAAUAAAUGGAAUUAACGCUCGCGCUCACCGGUUUCUUAAUAAAGAACAUUUUUAACAGAUUUUAUCUUGGCUGCCUAUUCUGUACAUCUAUUAAUAUUCAUCUACACAGUCAGGACUAGUAUCUGACUCAAUUUCUCAAGGUUUCUAUUCUGCAGCUUGUUUAUUAUUUGCAUCGAGAUUCCUUACUUUUAUAGUUUAUGCCUGUCAGUUGUUCAAGAUAUAGUUUGAAUAAAAUUUUUUGCUCAAUAAGAAAAGAUUGUGCUUCCACUGUUGCUGUGGAUCUGUUUCUCUAACCCAAAUCCAGCAUCUACCAAGCUGUAAGUGUUUGACUUUUAUGACUCAAAGUGACUGUAUUUGCAAAAAAGCUUUCUAUAAUUGGUUUGUCCUAUACACAACUGAUCAAAAAUUUAGUGUCAGUCACAUUUUUUUUAAUGAUUUUGAAAGAAGUCUCUUAUGCUUACCACGGCUGCAUUUACUUGAUCAAAAAUACAGUAAAACAGUAAUAUUGUGUGAUAUAUUGUUACGACUUGUAACUUUUCUGUUUUAAUAUAUUUUAAAAUGUAAUUUAUUCCUGUGGAAAAGCUGAAUUUUCAGCAUCAUUACUCCAGUCUUCAGUCACAUGAUCCUUCAGAAGUCAUGUUAAUAUGCUGAUUUGCUGCUCAAGAUACAUUCUUUGAAGAAAGUUCAAAAGAAUGUAAUUUAUUUGAAAUAGUUUUUUUUUAAUUUUUUUUUAUAUAAAUUGUAAAAGUCUACUGUCACUUUUUUAAAUCAAUAAAUUUAAUAUCAAGUAUUUCAAUAAAUAGCACCAUUUUCUAGUUCUAAAAGAAAUUAUACAAAAAUAAUAAUCAGUUCUCUAUCAGUUAUGGGAACACUAGAAUGUAAAAUAAUCUAUAAUAUUGGUCAUAAAACAUAUUGGUAGAUCUCCAACAAUUUCAUUAACAUCAUUUGUUAGUGAACUAAGAAUUAACAAUACUUCUACAGCAUUUAUUAGUCUUAGUUCAUGUUAAUUUCAACAUUUACUAAUUCAUUAUUAAAAUCAAAUGUUGUAUUUGUUAACAUUAGUUAAUGCACUGUGAACUAACAUUAACAAAGAUUAAUUAAUACUGUAACAAAUGUAUUGCUCAUUGUUAGUUAAUACAUCAGUUAAUGUUAACAAAUGAGACCUUAUUGUAAAGUGUUACCCAUUUAAUAAAUGCAUUUUUAUGUAUUUUAAACAUUACAUUUAAUAUAUAUGUUUGUAUUUAUCUGAGAAAGCAAAUUACAGCAACAAGCAGUUCACAAUGUUCAUUUGUCUGUCAUUACUGAUAAUCAGGUUAAGUAAAAAAAUAUAACACAUAACCCACCUUUAGAUUAGCUUUUGAAAAGACAGGUUUGUUUAUUCUGUGGCAUUUGUUGGUGGUUUUGCUGUGCCCCCCCCUACUCCCUCUCUCUGUAGACAUCAGGAAUGUAACACCCCCUCAGACUGACCCCAACAGCUGUAAGGAGAGAGACAGAGCACAUGGCACACUGGCUAUUUUUAGAGUUCAUUCAGACUAGAAUAUCUCUCUCCUUCUUUUUCCCUGGACGUAGUUGUUCCUUCUGGAUCUCUCCUCAGCUGAAAGUUCUGGAGAAGCUUCUCAGUGGUCAGGCAAGUUCAUAAGUACCUGAGACGAACGCAGGACAGAGAAUAUAAACAAGGAAAAGAGUCCAGUAAUAAAGUGAAAGUCAACCAGAAUAUCAAACAGGCCAACAUGGCUCUACUGUGUUACAACAGAGGCUGCGGGGAUCGAUUUGAUGCUGACAAAAACUCUGAUGAUGCCUGUCAGUUUCACCCCGGAGUGCCAAUCUUCCAUGAUGCCUUAAAGGGCUGGUCCUGCUGUAAAAAGAGGACGACUGAUUUCUCAGAGUUCCUGUCAAUCAAGGGUUGCAGCCGAGGGCGCCAUAGUAACGAGAAGCCUCAGGAGCCUCUGCAGCCGGAGGUGACGUCUGAUAAGGGAGACGUGAAGCAGCACAGUGGAGAAGAGAUUAUCUACCAGGGACCCAAAUCUGCAGAAGCCUUGGAAAAAGAGAGACCCAGCUCAGAUGAGCCAAAGACAAAGCUGCAGGUGAAGAUCUCUCCCUCUCUGGCUCAGAUUGUGGAGAAAAUGGAGAUCACUGAGAAGGAAAAGAGAGAGAAGCUAGAGUGUCAAGUCGUCAUGGUUGGGGUUAAGUGCAAAAACACAGGAUGCAAAACAACUUACCAGGGUCCAGAGACUGAUGCAGAGAUUUGCUUACAUCAUCCUGGAGUCCCCGUCUUCCAUGAAGGAUACAAAUACUGGAACUGUUGCUGCAUUAAAACCACCGACUUCAAUGCCUUCCUGGAUCAGAAGGGCUGCACAACAGGAAAACACUGCUGGAUCCCCAAACAGGACAAAAAGAAGGUGGCUUGCCGGCAUGAUUGGCACCAAACUGGAAAUCAGGUUGUGGUCACAAUCUACGCCAAGAACUGCAGUCCAGAGCAUUCCUAUGUGGAGGCAAACCGCACAGUGUUAACAUGCCACAUUCAGUUUGAGGGUGACAAAGUGUUUCAUAAGGACAUCCACUUAUGGGGGGUGAUUGACGUGAAGAGCAGUUUUGUGAACAUGGUGCCCUCUAAAAUUGAGGUGACCAUGCGGAAGGCUGAUGCUGUAGCCUGGGGCAAACUUGAGGAUCCCAAACACAAACCAGAGCCAGAGGUCACCAAUGACACGAACAACACCGAACAGGAAGACGUCAAACCCGACUGGUACAUCUCAGAUGAUGACAUCAGUGAGUCUGACUGGGAAGAUGAUGAGGAGGACAAGAAAGAGAGUGAGGAGAAAAAAGAAAAACAGGAAGAUAAUGGACCCCCUGAGCUAGAAGAGCCUGCUGAUGUACCUCCAGAAAAAUGAACAUUUAUUCUGCGGUGCAAUGGUUAUGUAGUUCUGAAGUUAUGAAUUUGUUUAUAAUAACACAUGGGAUUUAUACAAA